CAGACCUAUGCAGCUACAUGUCCAACUGAUUCUGACAGGUCGCGUGGGAAUGGAGCGCAUGUUUCCCCCAGGCAGUGGGCGUGGUCGUCAUCCUAUAUUAUGGCAGACUGAGCGUCUACCUGACAAACAGGUGCAGUCAACUCGGUGAGCGGUUCGAGCUUCGCCCAGCCACAGGAAUUGGUUGUACAACAUGGGAGGACGGUGCAAACUAGAGGAGCUCGAAGAAAGAGGUUAUGAAACAGCCGACAUUGGGGCAGGGCUCUCUCCUCGGCCAGGGGAAACCGCGGCGGGCUUACCCGAGCCAGACUCACCUGUUCACGGCGGGACUUUCCAGGAUGUGGGCGGUAAACGAAAAGGUGAAAAAUGUUCCAGUUAUGAUGGUGACAAGGUCUACCUUGGGGUCCGUGUCAAAAUGCCAGUAAGGGAUCUACUGAAAAAAAUCCGCAUAGACCAAGGCUGGGAAGAUAAAGACUUGCAGGAGAUAUACAGCAACACAGUCAAAGGAGGCAAGCAACGAGUCAAAACUCGCAGGGGACGCCGAUCCGCCAAGAGAAAAGGCUCCACACAGAGCCUGGAGGAGCUGGCAAUUAUCGUGGAGGUGCUGGAGGAGGACCUCAGGACUGGCAGCAUCUGCCACUCUCCGCCACCUCUUAUGUCCUCUCCAACUGGCUAUAACAGUGAUGAUUCUGAUGAGAUGAUCCCCAGCCCCCAGUCCUACAUGAGCUACUCCCCCCUCCCAAUGGACUACCAGCAGACCUUGUCCCCUGAUGGCGUCAUGCACACCAGCCUCCAGCCUUUCAGCAUGGGAAACUUUGGAAGAAGAGGGGAGUGUGUCGACCCCCAGAACCACGACUGGAACCUGAACAACUCCUCUUACUUCCUGGCUCAGCUUAAGAAAGAGGAAAGCCAGCUCAUGGAUGUCUCAAACGCCGUACUGCUGGCUCCCGAUGAACACGGCAGGACAGCCCUCCAUAAAGUGGUAUGCAUCGGGAAGAGGGCGCUAGGCUACGCUAUCGCAAAGAGGAUGGCUGCGCUCAACAGCCUGGACCUCAAAGACUCUGAUGGAAUGACCGCCCUGCUCCAUGCAGCAAAGCACAACCAGCACCUGAUGGUGGCAGAUCUGAUCUGUCUCGGGGCCAACGUUAAUGAGACCAACAACCUAGGAAAGACCUGCCUGCACCUCAGUGCUGAGAAAGGCUACAUCAGAGUCCUGGAGGUUCUAAAACACACAAUGAUGGAUGGUGUGUAUGUCGACGUCGAAGCCACUGAUUACUACGAAAUGAGCGUCAUCCAGUGCGCUUCUGUGGCUCUGAAGGCCACCGUACGUCAGCUAAAUAGCAGCAUGACCCCGAGUCAAAGCAGACUCCAAAUGCUGCAGCAGGAGCAGAUGAUGGAGACGCUGGAGUGUCUGCUGCAGAUGUGCAGCUACCUUCAUACCAUGGGGAGCCUGAGUUUUCAAUCUCGAAUUGGAUGACUCCCUGGUAGUUCGGCCCGGCAGGGCUUUACGGAGACCCGACAGUAAUGUUCUGAGUUGGUUCAGGCUUGAAUUCAAAUGGAGAGUUUAAUUUCUCUCUAAACUUGAGUUUUGGCCAUUUAGGUAAAGCAUCUGGAGUUUUGUGUGUGGUAAAAAUGCCUGACUUGCAAUCAGGUAUUUUUUGUAACCCGCACAGAAACGUUAGAUUCCCAUAAGUUUGGUUUCUGUGAAACUUCCAUUGUUUGUUACAUUAGAGUAACAAGUUGUCCUCAGUUAGUGUGUCCGUGGAGAUUUAAAUGUACAAUUCUAUGAGAAUAUUUUUUAUUAUGAUAAACAAUUGGCUUUUUUGACCGUCUAAGGGUCAACUAUUGUUUUAUAAGGCUGGGUAGAAAAAGUGCCAUAAAAUAAUGUUUUAUGUAAUAUUGUAAUAUUAAGGGAGCCCUGAACCACAGUUUGUAGUUCAGUGCUGUAUACAGUAUUCCAAAUUGCCUGUGAUUACAUGAACAGGAUUAUUCUCUUGGAAGAACAAGAUAAUUUCUCAUAGAAUUUCCAUGUCAGAUCUUAUAAAGGACGUUUGUACUGAGGACUUUUAAAUAAGUAUUUUAUGGUGAUGGGUAGUAAAUCCACUUUUUAUUUGAGUGUAAUUAGUUGUGGUUCUGUUUAUUCAUUACUUCAUAGCACUUGUUAAGUGUUUGCUACACAUGUAAACUUUACUUUGUCAAAUGUAUUGAUAUGUUGCCUGCUGUGACCAGUUCCUUAAGGAAUAAUGUGUUGUUCCUACUGGGAGGAUGCAGUUUAAUCUCUCUGUGUUCUAUAGAGAAGCAUUCAAAAUGUGUUUAGCCUAGCUAGCUUAGCUCAAAGACAUGACGCAGGGGGAAAUGCAAGGCUAGAAAAAUCAAAAAUGACAAAAAGUACUUAUUGUAUCAUCUGUAUUCAAUACGGGCAGAAUAAAAUAAAACAUUGUGGCCUGACAAAUGGUUCUCUUAAGCAUCAGAGCUAACAAACCUUGCAGCAGUGAUGCAGCAUUUUUUGAAAUCUUGUCAUUAUAGCUGUCAGCUUUCCCCAAAUAAAACAUAGUUGAUUUAUUACUAUACUGGUAGUUAGCCAGCUAGCUAACAAUACACAACAUGUAAAUAAGGCAAUAUUAAGAGUUUCAUAGAAUGAAUAUCGUUCCUUGACUUAUAGCUGGGUCUGUACCUUGCAUUCAGUCUUUGCGCUAAGCUAAGCUAAACAUGUCUGACAAAUGCAUAACCCGCCCCUCUGUCCAUCUGAUUGGCCUACCGUUAUGUCCUUACAGAGAUACAUUUUAAAUAUAUAUAUUUGGUGUUGGGACACUGAUGUAGACCAUUCAAAGCUUUUAGAUAAAUUAGUAUUAGCAUAUUAUAACUUUUUGCAAUGUUUUAGGUGUAAUAAAUUGAUCCUCAGAUUCGUUAAGACAUAUGAGUUUAGUUUGUUAUUAUUUUAAGUGGGUAUCAUAAAUGUUCUUUUCUGGGUUAAACUUAACCCUGAAAUUAAAGCAAAAUUACUCAAGCAAAAUUCCCUGUGUAGACUCUACUGUAUAAGAGGUUCUGUGAUGACCUGAUCUUUAGUCUUCCAUCUGUUUUAACAGUAAAAAAAGAAUAUAGGAGUAUUUUGCCAUGCGAGAUGGUCACAAGUGGUAGACCACAGCUUGUAUGACAUGUAUUGGUUUGGAACAAAACCUUAGUCGUGAACUUAUUUAACCUUGAAUGAAAUGUCUGGGGUUUUUUUUAUGGUGAAAGUGCAAUUCUUAAGUUAUGCUCAUUAUUUUACCUUUUGUAUUUAUCCACCAAGUGAAAAAUGUUUUUUCUCUUUUCAAAGUUGAAAUUGUAUGAAAGGUUUUGGUUAACUGAAAACUUGAGUCAUGUGAUUCUGGUUUAAAAGUUUAUAACCAAUUAUAUCUUGUAUUUGUAUUACUUUAUAAGUCAUGUGAUUGGUGGUGGGCACGAUGUAUGCUGUUUUAACAUGUGCGUUUUCAUCAUUAAAAAACUCAAUAAACUUUUAUUGAACACUG